ACUCCAUAAACAAGAUUUUUCACUAAUUAAUUUCAUUUGAUCAAUAAUCAGUCCCUAUAGCCGCCCCCCUUCCGUUCUCAAUUCUAGAGGACAUCUUUCCUCUCUCCUCUCUCCUCUAUCCCCUCUUAUUUCUCGCUUUUUGGCUUGCACCCAUACAAUUUUCACUAUCUGGGUUCCUCUUAACGCGAUGGGGUUUGAAGAUAUUUGCAACACAGGCCUUGGUCUAGGUAUUUACAGGCUGCCACAAACCCAUCAGCAGCAGAAGAAGAAACUGUUCUUGAAAUAUGAUCAUUUGUUACCAUCUCUUUCGUUAGGCCCAUCACAAGAUUUAUUGAAUUCGGCUACAAAGAAUGAUGGUGCGGGUAAAGUAUGGGAAUCUACAGAUGUGCACCAACAGACCUCAUCUCUAAGUGCAUUGUCGUCAAUUUCCAACUCCAGCGUCAAGAAAGAGAGAGAAUUUGCAGAGGAAGAGGACUUAGAGAGAAUUUCUAAUUCAAGGGUUAGCGAUGAAGAUGAAGAAGGUAGUCCCAGGAAGAAACUCAGGCUCUCGAAAGCACAGUUUGCCACUUUGGAAGAAACCUUCAAAGAACAUAGCAAUCUCAAUCCUAAGGAAAAGCAAGCUUUAGCAGAAAAGUUGAAUCUAAGGCCACGGCAAGUGGAAGUUUGGUUCCAGAACAGGAGAGCCAGGACCAAGUUGAAACAAACAGAAGUAGAUUGUGAGUUUCUGAAGAAAUGUUGUGAAUCAUUAACAGAAGAGAACAAGAGGUUGCAACAGGAGCUGCAAGAGCUUAAAUCUUUUAAAGUUGUGGCACCCAUUUAUAUGCAAAUGCCUGCAGCCACCCUCACCAUGUGCCCUUCCUGUGAGAAAGUUGGCGGUGGCGGUGGCAGUGGCGGUGACGGCUCUUCCACAAGCCCUUUAAGUUUUGGAUCAAACCGUCGUUUCUACGAUUCCUUAACUAGCAACCCAUCUGCUGCUUCUUGCUGAGCAAACCAAGACGCCAACCAAUAACAUAUUGUUAUAUUAUUAUUCAAGACUCCUUUGUCCAUAUUUGGAAUGGAUUAGUUAAAUUAAUAUGUAGAGACUCUGAAUCUCAUCGAUCCCAUGUACAAAUCCUUGUAAAUUAUUCUUAAAAGAAUUAAGUUUGUGAAUAGAUCGUUCCUUGUUCGUA